AUGCUGAAAAGAGAGGAGUUCAGCACGCGGAUGAACUUCCAGUAUGAGAUUUUACUGGAUCUACUUUCAAAAGAAGACUUCAACAGUUUUCAGAGCUACUGUCGUUCCUAUGAAAGUUAUGUAAAAUCCUGGAUAUCUGACAGAAUAAAGGAUCAUUUCUCUAAAGUCUCUAUAAGUGAGUUUGAGGACAGACAUGUUCAGACGAGCAUUGACAACAUAAAAGAAGCCAUCAAAACACCUAAAGUAGAAACAACAGGCAGUUUGAAGACAUUUGUUGAAAAUAUCUGUAAAGAACUUAGUGAUAAACUGGUGAUUUCCCAGGAUGCUCUUGGUGCCUUCAUGAUCCUGAACAAUGUUAACCAGGAACAGUUUGUUCACUGGCUCGCAGAGUCUGUGAAGGACAUGAAAGAAACUCUGAGAGAGAAGUUUAAAAACACAACCUUUGAAACUAAACUCAAACAUCUUCAGAUGAACCCUCAGAAUGAACUUUUCAUCAGAGUGGCUGGUUGUGGCAAACAGUGUCCGUUCUGUGAAGUUCCCUGUGAUGCAGGAGGAAAAGACCACACUGAACACUUUGCUUCACUGCAUCGACCAGAGGGGAUUGGUGGAGCCCACUGGGGUGGCUCAAGGAAACUCAUCACUGAGAUUUGUUCUUACUCUGUGAUGAGUGAACGCAGCUUUUACUGUAGCAAAACAAAUUUUGAAUGGCAUCCUUACAAAGAAUAUAUGAAAAUAUAUCCAGACUGGGAUAUUCGUCCAGGUCUAAGUCUUGAGGCUUCAGAUUACUGGAAAUAUGUGAUGACAAAGUACAAUAAGGAGUUUGCUGCAGAUUAUAAUUUAGAGCCUGGUGACAUUCCUGAUUUCUGGGAAAAUAUCACCGACAUACAGGCAAAAGAAAGCCUCAAAAAUUCAUUCAACAUUAUGUGA